CCUCCUUACCAACCUCAUCAUGUCGAAGCCUCAGGCUGGUUCGAAGUUCCGUCUCUCCCUCGCUCUCCCCGUCGGCGCAGUCAUGAACUGUGCCGAUAACAGCGGAGCCCGCAACCUUUUCGUCAUCGCAGUGCAGGGCGUAGGAGCUAGGCUUAACCGCUUGCCCGCAGCUGCUUCUGGCGACAUGGUCGUUGCAUCCGUCAAGAAGGGCAAGCCCGAGCUCAGGAAGAAGGUCAUGCCCGCCGUCGUUAUCCGUCAGCGCAAGCCCUGGCGCAGGAGGGACGGUGUCUUCCUCUACUUCGAGGACUCCGCCGGUGUCAUCGUCAACCCUAAGGGAGAGAUGAAGGGUUCCGCCAUCUCUGGACCCGUCGCCAAGGAGUGCGCUGACCUCUGGCCGCGUAUUGCCAGCGCCGCUGGCAGUGUAGUCUAACGGUCUUUCGACCUUGGACAGCUCGUGCGAGGUCGUAGCAGGUGUAACGAAGGUGUAUCGUCGCGGCAGGUGCCAGACGCUUCCCCUCGCCUCAGUCGUCUCACCGGGCACAUCGUGGCUCACAAGGGCUCUAUGAGCCUUCCUUGUAUCUUUCGCGACUCUUUCUCCUUCGAUUACAUCUAAAUCGAUCACCAUCACAUCG